AUCCCUGUGUAAUGUAACUGCCUCUUCUCAGCUCACGGGGGGAGCUGCUUGCUCUGAAGCUCUGGCAUACUUUGCCUUUAUUUGGGCUCAUGCUGGCAUAUAUCUGGGCUCUGUCACUGGGCAUAACACCUGCACACCGUGGGUCUGAUUGCAAGCUCUGCAGGCUAUGAGCAUACCUUCCACAUGCCUUGUGCUGGAUAUAAGUGUGAAAUACAUCCCUCUGCCUUCAGAGAACUCUAAUGACUAUUUGUGCUUUAUGUGUGUGAGUAAAUGUCACCUUUAUCCUUUCCAUGUCUCCAUAGAAGAAGGGCGCACACCCUUUGGGCAGCCGGGAGCUCCUUUCCCAGGAACAUGGAGCACUUAGGGUCUCAAAGGAGGAUGUCCCCCAGUGCGAGGGCGAGAAUAAGACAAAGAAAAGGCCAAAGAACCCCACCUUCGCCCCUCAUUGCUGAGCCAGAUGAAAUGAUGGGGAAAGCUCAUGAACUCUUCCAGUUUUGUGACAAAGAAGACAAGGGGUUGAUCACCAAACGAGAUCUGCAGCGGCUGCAGAAUGAUCUGCCCCUCACACCGGAGCAAUUAGAAGCUGUGUUUGAUAGUCUGGACCAAAGCAACAAUGGCUACCUCACUCCUGUGGAGUUCAGUAUGGGACUUGGGAAGCUACUGGGGGUAAAUAUUUCCCAUGAAGAAGAAAAUGAGAGUUCUAUGAUGGAAGAGACCUUUGAGUCUGGUUGGUCAGAUGGAGCUGAUGAGGAGGACGAUGCAGAAGAGAUGCUGUUCAGUGCAACCAUGGAGCACCUUGGUGCAUCACAGAUAUUCCACCAACAUAAAGAGAUCCGGGAUCUGUGGAGCCGUCUUCGUAAUGAACGCCCAGAGCUUCUAUCACAUUUUGAGGAAUUUCUUUAUCGGGUUUCCUCCUAUAUCCAGGAUGUGCAUCAUGAAAAAGACACUUUGGAGCAGGCACUAAAAAGAAAAGAGACAGACCAUGGGCGGGAGGUGAGAUGUUUAUAUGAGGAGAUGGAGCAGCAGAUCAAGAUAGAGAGAGAACGGCUGCUUAAGAAGGAUUCCUCCAGGGAACAUGACAGACACAGAGCUCUGCGGAGGGACCUUGUCAGAAAGGAGCAGGAGCUUGAGGGCCUUGUCCUGCGGCAGAAACAGCUCGAACAUCAGUUGCGGUCGUUGAACAGUGAACAGCUGCAGACGCGAGUUCAAAAUGACCAACUAAGGCAACUAAAUGGCGACCUGAUGGAGCAACUGGAGAAAACCAAGAGCGAACUAGAGAGAUCCCAUGGAAAUCUGGAGAGACUGAGAAGACAGGAGCAAGAGGUAGAGGAAGGCAAGAAAAGGGAUGUAUUUAAAGUCUCCAGGAAUAUGCAGAAAGAGAAACAGAGCCUCCUGCGACAACUUGAACUCCUCAGGGACAUUAACAAGAAGUUACGGGAUGAAAAGGACAUGUUUGAAGCCAUGAAGUUAAAUCCAUCAAAGCAAUCCCUUAGUGAUCCCGUACCCCUUCCAGGCUGCUGCUGCUGCUGCUCUUAUUACUCAUUACUUCUGUCUUGUCAUUCAUGUCACUGAUGGGGCCCAACCUCUCACUCUGUAUAUAAAGAUUUAUAGUAUAUUUUACCUUAUUUUUAUAUCCGGGAGCAUCAAGCUGUGUGUGUCGCCUACUGCUCGACUACAGCUUCCAACAUACACAGGGGAUGCUGGGAAAUGUAGUCCAGAAGCAAAGUCACACCGUGUAUGUAUAUAUUAAUAUGUAUAUAGGUUCUGUCUGUACUCGAGUAUUGACUAUAUUUAAUGGGUUAUUUAUCAAAGUCCGCAUUUAUCUCGAUAUCGGCUGCUACAAACUCCGAUCUAACCCGCUCGGGUUUUUAACGGUUAUUUAUUAUUACAUUUUCCCGAAAAUGACAUUUGCGGG